AUGAAACUACCUAGACGGUCACAGAGGCCACUAAGCAGGCGCUCUCGCUUACUGAUCGCUUUAGCAGCUUUCGUUGUGUUAGGAUGGAUCACCCUCGUACUACAGAUGAUGCCGCUGUUCGGAUACUUUCCAGAAUCUGGAUCCCAGCGAGACGUAGGAAAUGUCUUACGAGUGCAGACUUUUGAGGAGGCAAAGGUUAGUAGGAAGGAGGUGUUGGAGGCAGAUCGACUCCACUUGAGUCUACUGCAUGAAAAUUGUGUCCAGGAUCCCAGUGCCUCACUGCCGUGGACAUUUGGGAGUCCAGGUUAUCAACUCCCGAACGCAACAGCAAGCAACCCAGAGGUUUUGAUGCACCAGGAUGACCCGGACAUCUUGGCAAAACUUCGACAAUGCCCCGACGUGGACAUUUUUCUGCCAGUUGGUAUACACGGAAACGGGUACUGUGAAGAUGCCGUGGCGUAUGUAAAGUAUUUAAAGUCGCGACUGCUGCUGCAGUGGACACUCGAAGUCAAGCUCUUUGAUCCGGAUCUCGGGCGCGAAGUCGACUACUUUGACUUGUGCCCGAAAACGCCCGUGAUUUUCUUCAACCACUACUGGGAUGGAGUGCCAUCGAUGCCCCGUUGGCCCAAGGACAAACCCAUCUACGUGAUGCCAAACAUUGAGAUGUUUGAAAUGACGGCCAACGAUUACUGGAAAGUGACUGCGGUGCUCUGCAAGACAGAGGUGUGUUACGACAGAGUGACGAGAUGGUACGAACAAGAGGGGAACCCGCUCGAUACAAGGGUGUUCUACACGAAGCACACGUCGUCAGAUCAGGCCGACUUUGCUCGCAAACGCCUGGGCGAAGAGGCUAUUGCCCCGAAAGACUUUUCUACCAUCAAGUUCAUCCACACAGCAGGCACUAGCAAUCUCAAAGGCACAAGGCAGCUGGUAGAGUGUUGGGUGAGUGAGCCUGAUCUGCCUCCCCUUGACGUGUACAUUGACACGGGGGCAUUCAAUGCAACGAUCAAUGACGGCUUGAGGAAAUCGAUGCAGCACAGUCGUAGUCCACUUAACGUCAACGUAGGUAUGAUCGAGCGCUCCGCGUUCACUAAGCUGACUGCAGAGGCGGCAUUUUUCAUGUGUCCGAGUGUGAGCGAGGGCUAUGGCCACUACAUCAACCAGGCACGUGCCGCUGGAGCGGUGGUUAUCACCACUGAUCUACCUCCGAUGAAUGAGCUCAUUGUCUCGAGCCGGACAGGCUUCCUGAUCCCAGUUGAGCGACGUGAGGAGUCGAGGCAGAUUAUGGGUGGCGCUUACAAGGAGGCGCACGGUCUGAAAAGCGUCGAUGGACUGGUUGGAUCAUUCGGCGGUCCCGAAGUGUGCAAAGCUGUUCAAGAAAUGGUCAAGUCCACGACAGCUGAACAGCGAGCUGCAAUCGGAGCCAACGCCCGCCGAGCCUAUAAUGCAGACACGUUCUUCUUUGCCAGCGCCAUGGAAGAGGUUCUUGAAUUUGCAAGACGCGGCAUGGACGUGAACUAA